GCAGGAAAAUCAUAUAGCCACAAAGUGGAUAUUUUUUCAUUAGGUUUAAUUCUAUUUGAAUUACUUUUUCCUCUGAAAACUUAUAUGGAGAGAGUUCAGACCUUGCUUGGUGUAAAAGAACAGAAAUUUCCAAAUAAUUUCAAAGAAGAGUACCCAGAGGAGUGUAAACUUGUUGAGAAAUUGGUUUCUGCUGAUCCAGAGGAAAGACCUCCUGCUUAUGUGAUCCGAUCCCAUUCCCUGUUUCAAAACAUUCAUCCUCAGACUGAAGUUAUCAUCAGACCCCGACAGAGGACCUUGUCCAGUCGACUCUCUUCAGGUUCUGAAUGUGAUUUACCUUCCCCCGGUCCUAUCAUAUGUUAAGUCUUGAAGAGAGAGACAUUUCACUAUAUUAUUAAGAAUUUGUUUUAUGCAUUUAUUCAUCAUUCAUCAGUAAAUUCAAUGACCAAAUAAUUGUUAAGUUUGUAAAUAAUUUAUGAUAUUGAAGGGGUAUCUUUAAUGUACUGUAUGUUACUGAAAGUAUAGUGCUUAUUCCAUAUUAAAUUUGUGAUAUUCAGAUUUUUGAAUAUAAAAGAAAUAUGUUUACAUAUUAAAUUGAAUUUCCAUUUUAAUCAUUCCAAGUGUUAGCUCCAGUAAAGGAAUAUACAAUUUCCACUUUAACAUAUUAUCAUCUUAAAGUAGUAAUAUAUAAUGUCAAUUAUAAUUUCCAAAUAUAUUUUUGAAGUCUAUAAUUUUUUUAUAUAUUAAAAAUUUUUUUAUAUUUGAUUAUUAUACUGCAAUACAGUGGUGCCAAAACUUUUAAAUUGGCAGGCCAAAUUGCACAUAGUCAUAGUAGGUAGGCAGGCCACAAAUAUUUUGUAUAUCCCAUAUAUACCAAAAUAGGUCUGUUUCUAUCAUAAGUGGUGUGUCAAAUACAUUUUCAGGCCAAAUUUGGCCCCAGGCCCUAGUUUUGGCAUCACUGCUGUAAUAUAUUAAUAAAAAUUUUCACUGUUUGAAUUUUCUAAUUUAUUUAGUUUUAAGCCAUAAAGUAAUAAUUUAACUAUUUUGAAAAUUUAAAAAACCAAUUUUCACAAAAAUGUUGGUUUAUAAACAUUUCUGAACCAUGCUGUCUUCAGCUGUAUUGUCAAACAACAGAAUUUUUUCUAGCACUUAAAAACACUACUGUUUGAAUGCUGCCAAAUGUAUCAUAUAAAUCAUACAUGUAAACCUGAGUGGUUGUAAUUUCAUAAUUAAUAGUAAAAAAUGCCAGUAUUGUAUUUAUCGCAUGUUCACGAGCGAGCGAAAGUGAGUAUAAUUGCGUAUUCUGUAGCAUAUGUCAAUAUGUAGAUAUUUGUAAAUAAAAUGUUAAUAAUAUUUUUAAUUUGGAGUUUUAUUCAGGUAAUUUUACACACAAAACCAGUGCAAAACUUUUUACUUAGUUCACAGAUUACUAAUACAAUAGAACCCCCAAUAAUGCAGAACCUCUGUUAAUCUGAGACAAACCUGCUACAAAUAAGAAUAGUAGUAUUACUUUUAGUGUAUUUGUGACAAAGCUGCCAAUGAAUAAGAAGCAAGUAAAUACUUUUUAUACAGUCAAGGUUGAAAAUACUAGUGUUUGAUGAUGAGGUGACAUUUUUAACUCUCUCCAUCCAUACUAAGAGGGUCUUUGUUCCCUGUCUGUCAUUAUGGGCCUAGUUAAAAAAUUGCAAGGGUGGCUGGAUGGUGAGGGAUAAAUCCAAACAUAUUCAGGAUAAAUCCCAACAUAUUCAGGAUAAAUGAACUACAGAACGUUGUUUUUUAUUAGUUUAAAACAAGGAAGGAACCAAGUUUAGAAGCUACUACAAAAUUUGUUUCUCACAUUGAAGUUAGAUAUUUUAAUGAGUUAAAUUUUAAGAAUAAAAAUGUG